CGACCUUUUCCGGUCGGUCCGAUUCUGUGUUUUUGGGCCGAUUUUAUCCCCUGCUAAAUCCAUCAACAUCUGGUGGUAAAAAGCACAAAAAAAUAAAUAUGUCGGAGCAAAUGACUCUUCGUGGAACCUUAAAGGGCCACACGAAAGAUGUCACUCAGAUUGCGGCUAAUUCCCGUUAUCCAGAGUUGUUACUUUCGAGCUCCAGAGACAAGAGUUUGAUCGUGUGGCAGCUCAAGAAGGAAGAUGGAGACUAUGGCACGGCCAAGAAGAAAAUGACAGGACAUGGACACUUCAUCAGUGAUGUUGUCAUCUCCUCUGAUGGCAUGUUUGCCCUCUCAGGAUCUUGGGACAAAACGCUCAGACUCUGGGACUUGGCCACGCAAAAGACGACAAGACACUUCACUGGACACACCAAUGAUGUGUUGAGUGUUGCUUUCUCGCCAGACAACAGGCAGAUCGUUUCUGGCUCUCGAGACAAGACCGUGAAGCUGUGGAAUACCCUUGGUGUAUGCAAGUAUACCAUCCAGGAUGAAGGUCACAGUGGCUGGGUGUCGUGUGUUCGCUUCUCCCCCAACACAGCCGUUCCGAUCAUUGUGUCCAGUGGCUGGGACAAGAUCGUCAAGGUGUGGAACUUGACCAACUGCAAGCUGAAAACCAACCACUAUGGUCACUCUGGCAACUUGAACUGUGUGACUGUCUCUCCUGAUGGCUCCCUCUGUGCCUCUGGUGGAAAGGACAAGCAAGCGAUGCUGUGGGACUUGAAUGAAGGCAAGCACUUGUACACAUUGGAGGGUGGAGACCAGAUCAAUGCCCUGACGUUCAGUCCAAACAGGUACUGGCUCUGUGCCGCUACCGGACCAUCCAUCAAAAUCUGGGACUUGGAAGGCAAGUCCGUUGUUGACGAACUCCGUCAAGAAACUUUGACGUCAGGCCGAUCACCAACCUGUACUGCCUUGGCUUGGUCAACCGAUGGACAGACUCUCUUCGCUGGAUAUUCAGACAGCUACAUCAGAGUAUGGCAAGUCUCUGUCAACCAGUCCACUGGCAAAGGAUAUUAAAGACUUUAUGAAGAUGUGAAGAAAUAAAAAAAUUGUGAUAAAUGAA